UUGGGUCUGGCCGCUGUUGGUAAUCGGGACAAGUUUGGUUCGUAAUGGCCGGAGAAGAGGGACCCCUUGUCGCGUUAUUGACGGAAACGAAACGCUAACCACAGAAAGCGGUGAAAAUCAUUCACGCAACGUUAGAAAGUGAAACAAAUGUGGACGGUGUGUUAUUGCGAUAAUUAACCCAUUAAACACUCUGUUAGACGCAGGUGCUUAUUUGCUGUUCGAAUAAACGCUGUCACAAAUAUUCUAAAGUAAAUUCCAUAUAUGUUUUUUAAACUUGCAUGUACAGUAUAAUAAUGUUUUUGCACUGCUGGAGAUGUUAUAUCAACAACACAUUUAGAAAUAAUCUUAUAACAGAUAAAUAAGUAGAUAAGUACCUUUUACCUGAACAUUUUAUUGAUUGAUCUCUGCCAUGACUUUGCUCUUCUAUGUUAAUGAUUAUACAGAGUCUUACAAUACAUGGUAGUGAGACACUGAGUGAUCACACCUUAUCGCUGGCAAUCAUGAGACUCGUAGUGUGUUUUCUUUCUCUGCUCGCUGUGUUCGGCCCUGCAGAAUGUGGGAAUGUUUUAGUUUGGUUUACUGAGGGCAGUCACUGGAUCAAUCUGAAGAUCGUGUUGGAAGCACUGAUUGACAGAGGACACGAUGUCACAGUGCUGGUGCCAGACGCCUCUCUUUUCAUGCAAGCCAAAGAAUCGGAUCGCUUCUCCUACCAGCCCUUCAACGUGUCCCUAUCGGCACAGGAUGUAGAAGACUCCUUUGAGGAUUUUUUACAUUUCUCAAUGUAUGAGAUGGAACAUUUAAACUUGCUGCAAAUUCAUAUCAAAUUCUACCAGCUGUUCUCUAAAGAUCUAGAUUUGAGUCUUAAAUACUGUGAUGGCGUUCUGAAGUCUUCAGAGUUGAUGGACAAAUUGCAGCAUGGGAAGUUUGACGUCAUGCUGACCGAUCCGAUCUACCCGUGCAGCGAGGCGGUAGCUGAAAAGCUGAACAUUCCCUUCAUUUACACGUUGCGGUUCUCUAUCGCUCACACUUUUGAGCGGCUGUGUGGUCAGAUGCCAGCUCCGCCAUCAUUUGUUCCUGGAGUCAUGAGUAAACUCACGGACAAGAUGAGCUUUACAGAGCGAAUCAUUAAUAUGCUCUUCUACGUUUCUCAAGAUGCUUUGGCCAUUAGUCUGUGGAAAAAAAUCGACAAUUAUUACACUGAAUAUUUUGGACGGCCCACUUCAUUUUGUGAGAUGAUGGGUAAAGCUGAUAUCUGGUUAAUCAGAACCUACUGGGAUUUUGAAUUUCCACGGCCAUUCCUGCCCAACAUCAAAUUUGUUGGAGGCCUUCACUGCACCCCUGCCAAACCGUUACCCAAGGACGUGGAGGAGUUUGUACAGAGCUCAGGGGAUGAUGGAAUUGUGGUCUUCAGUCUGGGGUCUAUGAUAGACAAGUUAGACAAAGACAGGAGCAACAUGAUUGCCUCCGCACUGGCACAGAUUCCACAGAAGGUUUUAUGGCGAUAUGGUGGAGAGAAGCCAGAUACUCUUGGUGAAAACACCAGAAUCUAUAAGUGGAUCCCUCAGAAUGAUUUAUUGGGUCACCCCAAAACCAGAGCAUUCAUCACUCAUGGAGGCACUAAUGGCAUAUAUGAGGCCAUUUAUCAUGGCGUUCCAAUGGUUGGGAUCCCCUUGUUUGCUGACCAGCCUGAUAAUUUGGCUCAUAUGAAGGCCAAAGGUGCUGCUGUUGUCAUGGACUUCAACAGGAUGCAGAUUCAAGACCUGGUGGAUGGACUCAAUGCCGUCAUUAAUGAUCCCUCGUAUAAAGAAAAUGCUAUGCGUUUGUCCAGGAUUCAUCAUGACAGACCAGUGAAGCCUUUGGAUGAGUCUGUGUUCUGGAUUGAGUUUGUCAUGCGCAAUAAAGGCGCUAAACACCUGCGUGUCGAGGCCCACAACCUUACCUGGUACCAGUACCACUGUCUGGAUGUGUUCGCUUUUCUCAUCACUAUCCUGACUGUAGUCCUCUACAUCUUCUUUAAAAUGUGCAAAUACUUAAUAAUGUGUUGCUGUUUUAGAUCAAAGAGGAAAAGUAAAAAAGAGUGAUUGAUACAAAUAUCGAUAUAGUUCAUAUAUACAGUGCUGUACAUCUUGGGCACGCUAGAAACUUCACAAAUGUUAUUUACAUCUUCUUCUUUUGUGUACCAGUUGGAAAUAUCAAUUCAUGUUUCCAGUUAAUGAACUGAAAUAUUCCAGCAAGAUUUUUGGAGUCUGACAACAGACGGUAUGGUCUACACACUGAUCUUACUAUAAUCAAGUAUGUCUGUGAUUACAUUAUAAGACAGACUUAAUACAUCAGAACAAGAAGUUGAAGAUGUUUCUUCAUUGGAACAAAUUUGGAUAAAUUUAGCAUUACGUCACUUGUUCACCAAUGGAUCAUCUGCAGUGAAUGGGUGCCGUCAGAAUGAGAGUCCAAACAGCUCAUAAAAACAAAACAUAAAGGUCAUACAUUUAGUAUGCGUGCUAACCACUAAUAGGCCCAAAUAUGCAACUGUAUUCUGGAAAUAAGCCCCAAAACAGCAAAUCCAUAUGUGACCCUGGACCACCAAACCAGUAUUAAGUCGCUGGGGUCUAUUUGUAGCAAUAGCCAAAAAUACAUUGUAUGGGUCAAGAUUUUUUUCUUUUAUGCCAGAAAACAUUAGGAAAUUAAGUAAAGAUCAUAUUCGAUAAAGAUGUUUCAUAAAAUUCCUACUGUAAAUAUAUCAAAACUUAAUUUUUGAUUACUAAUAUGCAUUGCUAAGAAAUUCAUUUGGACAGCUUUAAAGGCGAUUUUCCCAAUAUUUUUAUUUUAUUGCACCUUCAGAUUCCAUACAUUCAAAUAGUUGUGUCUCAGCCAAGUGUUCUCCUAUCCUAACAAACUAUACAUCAUUGGAAAGCUUAUUUAUUCAGAUUUCAGGUGAUGUAUAAAUCUCAAUUUCGAAAAAUUGACCCUUAUGACUGCUUUUGUGGUCCAUGGUCACAUAUGCCAAAAAAAAAAGCCCAAAGUCACUUACAAUAAGCAGACUUUUCUUGUUUGCUUUCCGUUCAGAGUGGGUGAAUGUCCGAUGCCAUAUAAGGAGAAAAUGUUGCAUGAAUUUCAUUGGCCCUUGCAUGUAUGAUCUUCAUGCAGAAUGAUGCAAAUAUGCAGAAAUUGUAAUAAGUUUUCUCUGCCACCAUGAAUGAGAUACAUAGGGUGGGGCAAAUGUAUAAAUGUGAUGCAUACAACAUUACAUAAAAGCUAUGUUUAUGAACCUG